GCAACAACAACAACAACAAUGGACCCGUUCACUCAGCACAUGCUCGAGAAGGCGGAACAGCGCAGUCGCGCCCUCGGCAUCAGCAACGCCAGCAAAUUUCCCCUCGCCGAGUGCAGUUCCUCCGCCUCCUCGUCCGCUGGCGGGGAUGCGGGGGCAGGAGUCCUGGCCCCAAGGAGCCACUCGCCGGGAGGCGGCAAGGUCGUGCUGCUGGGCAAGGCCACGCUGGAGGCGUCGCCGGCCAAGCCGCUGCGUCACUACACGGCGGUCAACAAGGAGAACCUGGACAUGGGCAUCGAGAUAAACAUCACCACGGACAAGCCAAUUGGGGUGCAAGUUGAGAUCCAGGAGCAGGAGGUGACUGACAGCGAGGCGGAGGAGAAUCCCCUGCUGGAGGCGGCGUCAGUGAAUCAGCCGCUGGCCAGGCUAAGGGACACCUCCCGCAGCAGGCUGCAGCGCAUGGGAGCCCUGUACUCCAACACCGAUGACCUCUCCUCGCCCAUCCACCGCACCGAAGGGCAGUUCCAUGUGACAACGGGCGAGGAAGAGGAGGCGGACAAUCGCAGCAGGCAGCCCAAGCAGCGGCUGGGCAAACUUGCCGCCUUGGCGGACACCAUCAAUCAGUGGGAGGAUGACACGGCGCACCACGAAGUGCACAGACCGCUGGAGGCUCCGCCACCGAAACCGCAUUUGUCCAGUCGGCGCCCCGCCCCGCAGCCGCCCAAGAAGGACGAGGUCGACGAGGCCGCCAGGACCAAGCAGCUGAAAUGGGAUCCCAAGGUACUGAGCUCUCUGGAGGCCCAAGGUUUUCAGCGCCGCGAAUCGUCGACCAUUAAACACACCUAUGAUUAUGCCAAACAGGAGGAGGCGGCGCCAGUUGCCAAGCCGCCAGUGCCGGAGAAAUCGACGACGGUCAGCCAGGUGGCCAAGAACUUUGCCUCUUCUGCUUCUGCUCCGGCGCCCAAGCCAUCAGCUCCACCACCGCCAGCAGUUGGUGUAAAGUCCGGCUUGGUUUCCGGACGUGCGGCCAUCUUUGAGAACAAAGGCGGGCAGACUCAAGGCAAUCUGCGCAACCAGAAGGAUCCCUGUGAGCUGUCGCUGAAGGAGCGCAUGAAACUGUUCGAGUCGGGCAACAACAAGGCCAUGCUGCCCAUGGCACCGAUAGGAUCUGCUCCCAGUAUUAGCCAAAUCCGGGCGGAGGAGGUGAAACAGCAUUUGGCGGCAGUGCAUCCGGUGACAGCUGCAGCUGCUACCACUGUGGUUGCUGCGACCAAGGCAAAGCCGGAAAGCAAGCUGCGCGACAAGGUGGCCGCCUUGGUGGCAAAUGCUCAAUCCAGUGCUGAGACCCGCAUCAAGGACAUUGACCGUCAGCGGCAGGAGGACAUGCAGAUUAUAUCGAAUCGCUUUAACAAACAAAAGGAGCUCUUUGACAGUCAACCAGCUCCAGCUGCAGCUCGAGCUCCCGCGCCAGCUCCCAGCAAAGUAGUGCGGCCCAUGCCGCCGCCUCCACCGCCGCCCAUCGCUGGUCUCUCACCCGCAGCGGCCAGCAGCAAGAGGCGAUCACCUGGUGAUGCGCCCAUCACUGACGAGGACUCGAAGCGGGCCCGCAAAUCGCAUUCCGAUCGCCUUUAUCCCGCUCUGUCCGACCUCGAUUCCAGCGGCGACAACUGCUGCGCCACCGAAACGGCCUCCGCCACGGACGACAGCCAUCAACUGGACGACGAGGAGACCGAAAGUUGCAUGGAUGAGUCGGAGGACCAGUCGCAGACUGAGGACAGCAGCGCCGGCAUGUGCAAUGGCAGCCUGGGCCGUGAGAUAAUGAGCGCAGUGCAGCGCAACGAGGCGGAGAUGCAGCAGCAGCCGGGCAAAAAGACUGUGCGCUAUGCCGAUCAGGACAUGUACUACGACGACAGCUCCUUGAACUCGUCGCAGGUCUCUGCCGGGAUGGAUGACUACCUAGAUGAGGCGCUGGCCGACGAUUACGGCAGCACUCAGGACGAUCAGAGUGACAGCGGGGACGAGCACAAUGCCAGUCGGCUGUCCUUGGGCAGCAAAGGAACCACGGCCUCGAAUAGCUUUUCCUUCCGUAAGAAUCCGGCUACCACUUGCACGCCCAUCGAUGAACAUAAUGAGCUGGUGGAUAUGCAGACGCCCAUGCUUAGUGGUUCUCAGCCGGUAAAGUCUGAAUUGAGCGUGAAUCAGGACAAGGACAACCUAGUCACGCUUGUCCACACGGUCAGCUUCUACCGCCGCCAACAGAGCACCAAUAGCUCCAAUUCCACACCGGUGCGCAAGAUAUGCCGCGAGCAGCAGGUGAUGCGAUCAGCCCUUGCAGGCGAUUGCCAUGCUAAGCACAGACUGGAGUACGAUUCUCCGCAGCAGGGUGAGAGCGCAAGACCAUCUUCUGUUGUCCUAGAUGAUCAGACCGACGAGGACGAUGAGGAAUUGGAGAAUGCGCGGGAAUUAAACGAGGCCUCGCAGGCACAGGACAAAAUCAAGAAGCUGUUGAGCGAGGUGUGCAAGCAGCAGCAGGUGAUUGGACAAGCCAGUCAGGCCUUGAAUCUGUGUGCGGCCACUGUCGAGUUUUCCGGCUCCACAGAGUCCGUGGAGGGGGAGAGAUAUCUCCUACUGGCAACCCAUCGUCGCCAGGCCUGUUUGGAUGAGGUCCAGCGUUUGAGAGUCGAGAACAGCAUCCGUCCCGUGGGUGCACCAAAAGAAAAGGGCCUGCUGACGGUCAAGGACAUAACCAUUCCCCUGCGACAGGAGUACGUGCGUAAAAUGGCCUCCAACCAUAUCAAUGGCCAUCAUCUGGUGUGCUUACUGAAGUACAAUGAGCACGUGCUGGCCACCAAGACGGUGCCCACGAUGCCUGGCCUGUUGUCUGUCAAGUUUCCCGAUGUCCUGCAACUGAACAAUGUGUAUGCCGAUUUUCGGAUCACUCUGGAAAUCUAUGGCAUGCUGGCUCAGCGCGAUCAGCUGCCCCAUGAGCUAAAGUACCACAUCAACUUGAACAAGAAGGGCGGCGUUAAGACCCCAAAGAAGAAGGGUGGCGAGAAUCGUCUGGUGAUGCCGCCGGUACAGAGUCCGGCGGGACCGCAUGUGGUAAGGACACCGCAGCUGGUGCAAUACGGCUUUGCCAUCUUUUCGUUGCGUGAAAUUCAACGCACCACCUGGACGCUGACCCAGGUGCUGGGCGUCAGCCCACUGGAUGGCGUGGUUCACAUGAAGGUCAACUGUGAACUAUCAGUGAGCGUGGAGUACAAGGGAUUCCUCACCAUGUUCGAGGACAUCUCCGGCUUCGGGGCAUGGCAUCGUCGCUGGUGCUAUCUGAACGGCUCCGUGAUCAACUUCUGGAAGUAUCCGGACGAUGAGAAGCGCAAGACGCCCAUGGGCAGCAUCGAUCUGAAUUCGUGCAGUUCCCAGAAGGUGUCCAUUGCACCGCGCGACAUUUGCGCACGCCUCAACACCAUGCUGCUGGAGUGCGAACGGCCGGCGCUGGAGACGGACCAAGAGUCGCUGAUAAUCGUGCCCAACGGACAGACCACCAUAGUGCGGCAUCUGCUCUCCGCCGACACGAAGGAGGAGCGCGAGGAGUGGUGCGCGUACCUCAACAAGGCGCUGACACUGCUGCGCGCCUGGGGAACCACCCACUGACCCGCUGACCCACUGCAAUCCUGUCAGCGGCACUGACACCAAACGGGCGGGUUGUUUAAAGUUUUCUCUUUUUAAGUUACUCCAUUUACUAUCUCCUUUUUGUUUUAUGUUUCCCAUUCAAAUUAUUCGUAUUCCGUAUUCGAGUUGGACACGUUCGUGUUCGCAUUAUAUCGACAAAAUGUUGUAUUGAAUACCUUUCUACAAACUGUACAUUGCAUUUAGGAUGUCUCGCUAAAUAUAUAUGAUAUGUGUAAAUCCCAGUAAAAGGCUAACGCCAGUUAUACACUGAA